UUUAUUUACAUUGCUCGAUUGGUACCCUCGUUCGACACUGAUUUGGUUCCUUUGGUUUCAUCUUUGCGGGACUUUUAUUAUAAACAUAGACUCUGGUAUACGAAUACCCAGCCGUAAACUGUGUAUCUUCCAUUACUCGUCAAUGGAGUUUAUUUCUACACGAACAAUGACUAGCUUCUGUAGGUGCUGUUUGGCAGAGGAAACCGACAUGCUGUACUUAUUCACUAUUCUGAGCGAGUUUCAUAGUUCAGCUAGUGAGCUUAUUGCGGACUGUUGUGGUGUUAUGAUUUUAGAAAACGACUGCUUCUCCAAAGAUAUUUGCAAAAAAUGCCUGCAGGAACUCAUCGGUGCUGCCCGUUUUCGAAGGCUCUGCCUGCAAACGGAAGGAAAACUGCAGGAAAAAUUGGACGUCAAAGAUCCUUUAACGUCCUGCUUAGCUGAGUAUCCAGAGACAUCAGAUGACCCAGCGAUUAAGGAUACGGGAAUCAAAGCGGAAACUGUGGAUAACUAUGCAGGCGAGAUUGAAGAUUGCACAGUAAAGAAUUCUUUCGAAGCAAACGAUGAGAUUGUAGAGUGCAUUUUAAGAGAUAUUCCCACAGAACCAGCAGAUUCUAGUAUUAACGAUAAAAAUUAUCUCGGAGUGAAAGAAGACGACGAAGAAAAUGUUACACAUCUUGAGUUGACUCAUGCUACUGGUUGUUGUAAAUUUCAAUGCGAAUUUUGUGACCAAGGUUUCAACGACCGAAAUCAUUUCGUUCAGCACAGGCGUGUUCAUACAGGUGAAAAACCUCAUAGUUGUAACAUUUGCGGUAAAUCGUUCGCACAGAAAAGUCACGCCAAACAGCAUGUACAAUGCCACGCGGGAAAAAAGAUGCGAUUUGGCUGUGAUAUUUGUGGUAAAAUGUUUCGGCUUAAGCUGCACCUUGAAACCCAUCUUCGUAUUCAUAGCGGAGAGCGACCGUACAAGUGCGACAUUUGCAAUAAGGAAUAUGCUUCCAAUGGUACCCUGAGGUACCACCUGGAGAAUCACCAUCGAUCAUCAGCUCGGUUCGAACUGAGUGAUUCGCCUGAAGAAGAUAGGAAUAAUUGCGGUGAGAAACAGCAAGACACAAGUUCCGUUUUGGAAGAAACACCGGAGAAAUGUGAGCCUGUGAAGAAAAAACGCUUUCGAAAGGAUCGUGAUCCACGGCCACAUAAGUGUGAAUUUUGUGGCAAAGGUUUUAUCAACAGUAACCAUCUUGUUCAGCAUAGACGUAUUCAUACUGGAGAAAGACCGCAUCAGUGCAAAACUUGUGGAAAAGCAUACGCUCAAAAAAGUCACUUGACAGCGCACAUGAGACAUCAUACGGGAGAUUAUAAUUUCAAAUGUGAUCAAUGCGGCAAAGGUUUUCUGUACACUGCUGAGUUAGCUACGCAUAGCAGAAGUCACACCGGCGAACGGCCGCAUAAAUGCGAAAUCUGUCAGAAGGAUUUCGUUCAGAAGAGUGCACUAACGCAACACUUGCGCAGUCACAGCGGCGAACGGUUGCAUCAGUGUGAGCUGUGUGGCAAAGGAUUCGUUCGGCCGGGUCACCUAGCGCAACACAUGAGUAUGCACACCGGCCAGCGGAUGUUCAAGUGCACUGUUUGUAGUAAAGAAUUUUCUCGAAACGGUUACCUCACUCAGCAUAUGUUAAUACAUGGUGGUGAGUUGAAUCACAAGUGUGCUCUCUGCGGAAAGGCGUUCCUCUCGAAAAGCUAUCUGUCGCAACAUAUGCGAUUUCACUCGGAUAGUCGUCCGUACAAAUGUGAAGGCUGUGGCAAAGGGUUCAUCAAUCGGUGUCACCUGAAGCGACAUGUGCGUACUCACACUGGCGAGCAGGUUGCGUAGGGAAUGCUGCUGAUUGGCUUAUGUUAAUCUAUUUAUUUGACAAUUAUUUAUCGUUAGCAUUAAAUCAAGUAUUGAUAUUAAGCUUAUGAUGCCGCUGGUUCUUCGCCGCCUCCACCGCCACCACCAGAUCCGAUUGUAACCGCUUCUUGACCAGCUGGUAUUAUAAUAGUCGUAACCACUGUAAACAUUUUGGGCAACAAGUUUAGGUAGAGAUGCGUUAGAUUUGUUAUAGGACAGCGUAAACUUACUUUCUUUGCCCCAUUUCAUUCCCCAUUCGCCCCAUGGCUUGAGUUGUUCCAUGUCUUGUCGCUUGAUUCUGACACCGGCGGUACUUUCGAAUGCUACAGACACAAUUAGCAGAACAAUACUAAAGCCAACAGUAAGGCAUUUGUACUUCAUUGCUUAUAGAUAGAUACGCCCAACCAGUCGUUGGAAACUAGCUUAGUGAAUGAGGUUGCACGCAGUGAUAUACAUUGCUUUCGAGCGUAAUAAAAUGGAAACUGGGUCAAGCA